AACUUAUUUGUUAUUUUAGAGAAGAGGCAUGGCUUGAUCAAACUACUGGCAAAGACAGUGAAGACACUAAAGCCAAAGAUGCCACUACCAGAUCUUGUCCGGUCUACAGAAACMUAUCAAAGUCCUGCCAAGAGAGUAUCCAUGCCUAGAGCUGUGAACUCCUCAGUUCAAGAAAAUGGCGAUGAGGGCCUUGAAUACGACAUCCAAAACAAGCUAUUUGGUGGUGAUAGUGAAGACGAAGAAAAAAGUAGCGAUGAGAAAAACGACGAAGAAAGUGACGACGAUUCCAAGCCUCAUCACAAACAUACCCAAKGAGCYACUGACGUUAUUGGAAAACAAUGCAAGGCCAGAGUAGAUAUAGCUUUCCUCCUCGAUGGAUCGAAGCAAGUUGGCAAAGAACAUUUCCACAAAUCCGUCAAGUUUGUGAAGAAGUUAAUCAAGUCCUUCACAGUGUCACGUGACCAGACGCAUAUCUCACUGACUGUGUGUUCGGAACGACCUCAUAUUCUGUUUGAUUUGAAAGCUUUUAAUGAUCACAAGGGCAUGAAAACAGCAAUGCAGUCACUAUCGUAUCCUAAUGGGAAAUUAUUCACAGGCGGUUGCCUCAAAACAAUUCGCACAGGAGUUUUCGAGAACAGUGGUCGACACGACGUUCCCAAAAUCCUUUACUUUAUAAGUGGUGGAAAGUCACGUGAUAAUGUCGAUCUUCCAUCACGAGCGCUAAGAGACAUGGGAGUGCAGGUGUUCUCGCUGGGCAUUGGAGACAAGUAUAAUGGCGURGAGCUGAAAACUAUGUCGACUGCGCCAUACGGUGAUCACGUGAUGGCUACGAAAUACGAGGUUCUCAGUCUACUACGUCCAUAUGUGUCGGCGCAGCUUUGCAGAGGUGCAGGUGGUAAACUAGAAAAGCCUGCAGCUAAGCCUGCAGUUGUGAAAGUUAAGAAGCACGUGGACAAGCCAACCCCUUCGCAAAAGAGUGUAUUUAACGAUACCGGCGAUUCACAAAUAAAAGCCCAAGURCCAAAACUUGAGAAAAAGAAAUCGUCGACUAAGUCUGUCAAAAAGACCGAUCUUAAAAAGGUCAAGGCAAAAAGACGAGCUUUACUAAAAGCAGACAUCAAGAAGAAACUACACUUCUUGCUGUCAAACUUUACUAAAAACCACAACGAAAAAGCAGUUUAUCGAUCAGUAAUUGAAAAUAUCAAUGGUCAUCAYCUAGAUGUAAAUUGUAAAGAUCACCAUGUACUAUGCAAGAGCUGGGGUUCUGAAGGKCUAUGCAACAAGAACUCUAAAUAUGGCAUUGAUUUCAUAUCUGUACAACAUGUUUGCCCAAAGACAUGCGCAGUUUGUUAUUCUUAAUCAGCCAAUCAACGAAGAGAUUUGUCUAUCAAACAAUUUAGCCAAUCAGUGAUAUCAGGGCUGUAUAAGAAAGGUUUAUGAGACAUAUUUAUGUAUUUUGAAGAUAAUCUUUCAAAUGGAAGCUAAGCUUUUGAGCCAAUUAAUGCAUCAGACUUAUAUCCAAGAUAUUUCUUUAUCAAUAAAUGACAUUUUUAAUUUUGACAUAUGACCAUGUAACAAAUAAACCUCUGUUUUACAACCGUUAAAAUACAAAUAUAAUUUGCUAUGCACUCUUAACAAUUCACUGAAAAGUUGGUUCAAAAUCCAGUGUAUGAAUUGRAUGAAUUCAUUUUGUAAAUAAAAACCAAA